AUGGCAUUAUAUACAACAAUCAAUACUAGUUUAAAUGAAAAUUCUACUCAAGAUUAUCCUUAUCAAUAUUUAGAUAAAACUCGUAAUAUGCAUCUUAUGACCCUAAAAAAUGUCCUUAAUAUUGAUAUUAUCAAUCAUAUUCAAUUAGAUGAAAGAUUAGCUAGAAAUUUAAUUGCUAAAGGUAUUAUUCUAUUGGCAAAUACUGCUACAACAUAUAUUCGACCGAAUAGUUUAUUUAUUCGACAAUUUGAUAGAAAAGUUCAAUUUGAACAAUCAAAAAAAGCUAUUCAAAAUGACUUAUGUUCUCAAUUUAUUAGCAAUAAAUCAAAUAUUAUAUCUGUUAGUAAUGAAGAUUAUAAACGAUAUUAUUCAACAAAAACACCUUAUGAAUAUCCUUCAGAAAAUUAUAUUUUAAGUCCACCACCAACUGGUUAUAAACCUAUUUGUGUACAACUUCUUGCUCGACAUGGAAGUCGAACUUUAAGUAAUCAUGAUUAUGAUUUAGAAACAUUAACAAUUUGGCAAUUAGCUAAACAAAAAAAUAUGUUAACACCAUUAGGUGAACAAUUAAAAGAAGAUAUUGAAUUAUUUAUGCAUGCAAAUAAUCAUUUGGGACGUGGAGAAUUAACUCAAAUAGGUAAAGAAGAACAUUUUGGUAUUGGAAAUCGUUUAUUUAAUCGUUUAAAAUCUUUAUUUAUUUCAUCGAAUAAAAUUUCUGUUAUGACAAGUGGUAAAAAACGUACAGUAGAUAGUGCUCAAGAAUUUCUUAAUGGUUUAAUAAAAGCUGAAUUUAAUAAUAUUCAAAUAUUAAAUGAAAUAUCAAAUAAAAAUUUACUUUAUUUUCAUAAAUCAUGUACAAAUUAUAUGACAUUUAUAAAAACUAAUCCAUAUAUAAAAAUAAAAUUAAAUAUAAUUAAAAAUUUAGAACAAACAAAAAUAUAUGCAAGACAAGUUUUAAAAAGAAUUUAUAAAAAUGAAUUUGUCGAAUUAUUAAUCAAUGGAAAUUAUAAUAUUGAUCCUAUUGAAAAGAAAAUUAUCAAAAAUGAAGUGGAUAUUGUUUUAUGUCUCUAUUGGAUGUUUUCGGUUGCACCAGCUCAAAGUCAAUUCAAUUUAGCUAAAAUGUUAGCAAAGUAUUUUAAUGAAGAAGAAUCAAAAUGGUUUGCUUAUAUCAAUGAUGCAAAGGGAUUCUACGAGAAAGGUCCAUCUAUCGAAGGAACUACAGUAACAUAUGAUAUGGCAAAACCACUUCUAACUGAUUUUUUUUCGUCAGUUAGUCAAUGUAUUGAAACAAACAAAAAUAUUGCUGCAUAUCUUCGUUUUGCACAUGCUGAAACAAUUAUUCCAUUAGCAACACUUUUACAAAUUCCAGGUUUUACGGACAAAGCAGUACAUCCUUUAGAUGUUUAUACAUAUGAAAAUAAUCAAUGGAGGGGUGAUAAAAUUGCUCCAAUGGCUGCUAAUAUUCAAUGGGAAAUUUAUCAACAUGAAAAUAAUCAUAAUCAAAUAUUAGUACGAAUGUUAUAUAAUGAAAUGGAAGUCAGAUUUAAACAAGAUUGUAAAUCUUUGACACCUGAUUCUUUUUUUUAUGAUUUUAAUGAAUUAAAACGGUCAUAUGCAGAUCUUCUAUUACCAUCAGUCUCCGAUGUGAAUUGA